AUGGCUACUGCAUAUGCUCCUCCGAUGGCGAGCGGCUUGGUGUGCUCCAAGCCGCGGGGGCUGUCCGGCGCUGACGUACCAGGUGGUCCAACCCAUCAACGGCGACCCGCUCAUCGGCAGCCUGGAGACGCCGGUCACCUCCAGCCCCCUCGUCGCCUGGUACCUCUCCAACCUCCCCGCGUACCGCACCGCCGUCAGCCCGCUCCUCCGCGGCAUCGAGGUCGGCCUCGCCCACGGCUACCUCCUCGUCGGCCCCUUCGCGCUCACCGGCCCGCUCCGCAACAACCCCGUGCACGGCCAGGCGGGAACCCUCGGCGCCAUCGGCCUCGUCUCCAUCCUCAGCGUCUGCCUCACCAUGUACGGUGUCGCCUCCUUUCCUUCAUCGAGGGGGCGCCAGCCCUCACGCUCACCGGCCGCAAGAAGGAGGCCGACAAGCUGCAGACCGCCCAAGGCUGGUCCCAGUUCACCGGAGGCUUCUUCUCCGGCGGUGUCUCCGGCGCCGUCUGGGCCUACUUCCUCCUCUACGUGCUCGACCUCCCAUACUUUUUCAAGUAG